AUGUUUUACAGUACCGACAUUCUGUCUCGUCGCAAGAGCGGCUUGGGCAUCGUGUGGCUUGCGGCUACACUGGGCGAUCGGAGUGUGAUCCGACGUCUGAGUCGGCGCGAGAUCCUCGGGGUUGAUAUUGCCAAGGCGUGCGCGUACCUCUGCACGCCUACCGAGCCGCUGGCCCUGCGGCUGUCGAGUCAGCUUCUGUAUGGCGUGGUGCGGCUGUACGGCCACCAAACCGAGCUGCUGUUUCAAGACGUCUUUCACGUUCAGGCCCACAUUCGAAGGCGUGUCCUGACGACGGUGACGCCCACGUCAGCCACGUACGAUAUCGACAUGCGCACCACCACCAAAGCCGUGAGUGCCAUCACCCUGCCUCUGGACUUGACGUUUUUCGCGCUCGAUUUCAAUCAGGCCACCAUCGAGCUGCUGGGAAGAUGGAGUGUGGAACCACCGCAAAGGGAGGAGGUGGAGCUGGAGGAUGGAUUCCGUACGCCGACACCGGCGCGGUUUGUCGAGGCAGAAGAGAGGAUCACGCUGCCCGGGCGUGCGUUCGAGGAGGAGGAAUUGGGUAUGCCGCGAGCGUUUGGCGACGAAACCAUGCCGAUGUCGGGCGAAGGCGAGGGGUUGGAAGCGGAAGCACUCGACCUGGGUCUGGACGUAGGGCCGAUGGGGAUGGAACCUUUCGUGCCGGGCGAGUUCGAAGGCGCGCCGCGAGAAGGCGAGGACGAGAGCAUGGCCACGGCUCCCGUGGUGGAAUGGCCUGAACUCGAGGAUCGGCUGCUGGAGGAAGCUGCGCGGCUCGAUGUGGGGCCUGCACCGGAAGGCGUGGCUGCAAUCACACCAGCGCGCCGAGCACGGGAGGAAGAGCAAGCGCAGCGUCGACAGCGUGCACGCCUUACGCCGCUCGAAGACGCCGAGACGAUGCUGAGCGAGACGCAGCUGCGCGCGAGUCGAGCCGACUACGUCGCACGCAUGACAACCGAACGUGGCCUCCAGCAACGUCGCCAAGCAGCUCGACAAGCCGACGCGACUAUUCGUGGGGUGGUGUUUGAGCCUCCUGCCGAUCUGGCUCUGAGCCCGCAGCUGGCAGAGUUGUGGCAGACGACGGUGGGCGCAACGAUGCUGUCUCGGCGCGCGCGCUUUCGAGCCAUGCGCACCGACGCCGGCAUGACCCCACUUGUGGACGCGCCACCUUCGCCGCCACCACCGACGCCAUUCGAGCCGAUGGACGAGGAAGAGCUGGGUGAUGUGGGUGUAGCCCGUGCUGCCUCACCUGCACUUCCGGCUGAGCUGCGCGGCGCACGCGAAUCGCUACCCUGGAACGUCUUCAUGGAGCAUCGACGUCGGUCGUCCAUGCUGCCCUCGGUCUCGUACGACCGCCCCACAUUCGAGCGUGAACUCACACCCGUGCGUCCGCGCGAGGUGUCGAUCGAAACACCCACCGGACUCCGUCGCUUCCCUGUCGAAUCCCCAGCAUACGUGGCUGCUUCACCAUCGACACUGGCGCAGCUGGAAGAGUACGAUCCCGUAGGGGGCACGCCAGAAGUCCUGCGUCUGGGAUUACCAACAGCCGAGGCGAGGGAGGCUUCACCCACACCCCCGGCGCAGGUGUUCGAGGGGGACAUGGAGGAGGAGACACGCAACUUUCUCGAGUACGCACGAAGCAUCAGGCGCGAGCUAGAGGAUCCCACCUUUCUGUUCUUCAGCGAUCUGGCGCCGGUGGCGGCCAGCACGCCUGCGGUGGCUGCACAGGCGUUCUACCAUACGCUGGCGCUUGCGAGUGCGAGGAGCAUCAGGGUGCAGCAGGAUGAAGCGUACCAGCAGAUCCAGAUCACAAUUGUACAGCCCUAG